AUGCAGGUGUAUACCGAGCUCGUCGCUCCUUCGGCCGUCACGCACUCCUUGAGCUUGCCGUUGACUUCUGCCUCUGCUAACAACCUCGUUGUCGCCAAGGGAUCCGUCCUGCAGAUUUUUGCCCUCAGAUCAAUUCCUGCCGAGCUUGAUCCCCAGACCCAAGGCCCCCAGUCCUCGGUUAAAGAAGACGACAUCCAUUUUGACCGCCGCAUCAACGACGACGAUGGCCUCGAGUCUUCUUUUCUCGGCGGCGAGUCACUCAUCGUUCGAGCUGAUCCGUCCAACAACACCAAACUUGUUCUUAUUACCGAGAUUUCAUUGGCAGGAACUGUCAUCGGAUUGGCCCGAGUCAGAGUCAAGGACACGACAUCGGGAGGCGAAGCCCUGCUUCUGGCGUACAAGGCUGCCAAGAUGUGCCUGACAGAAUGGGAUCCUCAGAGGCAUACACUCGAAACCACAUCCAUCCAUUAUUACGAAAAAGAGGACUUGCAAGGUGCGCCGUGGGAGAUGCCCUUUGGAGACUACGUCAAUUAUCUCGAAGCCGAUCCCGGCAGCCGAUGUGUUGCCUUCAAAUUUGGAAGCAGAAAUCUGGCCAUUCUGCCCUUUAUCCAGAAUCAAGAGGAUCAAAUGGAUGGUUGGGAUGAAGAUCUGGACGGCCCUCGGCCUGCCAAGGAGGCGCCCACCACCAACGGGGACGGUGCGGGAGACCACGACGUAGUCAAAUCACGAUAUACGCCGUCAUUUGUUCUACGACUGCCGCUUCUAGAUCCAUUACUACUGCAUCCUGUCCAUCUUGCCUUCUUGUACGAGUAUAGAGAACCCACCUUUGGCAUUUUGUCCUCGACGCAAUCACCAUCACCCGCGCUUGGCGUCAAAGACCACCUCACGUACAAGGUCUUCACUCUGGACCUGCACCAAAGGGCGUCAACAACUAUUCUGUCUGUCACGGGGCUUCCGCAGGACCUCUUCAGAGUCAUGGCCCUCCCUGCCCCCAUGGGAGGGGCCUUGCUCGUGGGCGAAAAUGAGCUUCUCCACAUUGACCAGUCUGGCAAGCCCAACGGUGUGGCUGUAAACGGCAUGGCAAAGCAAAUGACAUCCUUCAGCUUGGUUGACCAGUCUGAUUUGGGCUUGAGACUAGAGGGCUGUGCUAUUGAACUGUUGGGAGGUGACAUUGGCGAGCUGUUGUUGAUUCUGAAUGAUGGGCGUCUAGCCGUCAUUUGCUUCCGUAUCGACGGCCGCACGGUGUCUGGAAUUACCAUAAAGCUCAUCAGUCCCGAAUGCGGAGGGAGUCUGAUAAAAAGCCAAGUGUCAUGCAUUUCGAGAUUGGGCAAUCAUACCCUGUUUCUCGGCAGUGAGAGCAACGAUUCCAUUGUACUGGGCUGGUCGAGGAAACAAGGUCAAGAGAAGAGAAGGAAGUCGCGUCUCUUGGACCCUGAACUCGCACUGGACGUUGAUGAUCUCGACCUGGAUGACGACGAAGAUGACGAUCUGUAUGGGAACAACUCUGGCCUGGCCAAGCCCAGCCAAUCCAUUAAUGGAAACUCCAAACCGGGUGAAGUCACCUUUCGAGUCCACGAUACUCUUUUGAGUAUUGCGCCCAUUCGCGAUAUUGCCUGCGGCGCUCCUGCAUUUGUGCCCGACAGCGAAGAAGCAACAUUGUCCAAAGGCGUGACUGCAGAGUUGGAGUUGGCAUGCGCCGUGGGUCGAGGGUCCAGCGGUUCGGUGGCAAUACUAAACAGAGAGAUUCAGCCCGAGGUCAUUGGUAGAUUUGAUUUUCCGGAAGCACGGGGCUUUUGGACCAUGUGCGUCAAAAAACCCCUGUCCAAGGGCGCUGCGGUAGCAAGCGACUACGACACGACUGGGCAAUAUGACAAGUACAUGAUUGUGGCCAAGGUUGAUCUUGACGGCUAUGAGACGUCGGAUGUGUAUGCUUUGACGGCGGCUGGGUUCGAGACGCUGAAAGAUACCGAGUUCGAACCGGCGGCUGGAUUUACCGUUGAAGCCGGAACAAUGGGCAAGCAGAUGCGUGUCAUCCAGGUUCUCAAAUCCGAAGUUCGGUGCUAUGAUGGGGACUUGGGAUUGAGCCAGAUUCUCCCCAUGUUGGAUGAAGACACCGGGGCCGAACCACGCGUUACGAGCGCCAGCAUAGUCGAUCCAUAUCUGCUUCUGAUCCGGGAUGAUAGCAGUAUAUUUCUCGCCCAAAUGCACAGCAACAACGAAUUGGAGGAGGUUUUAAAACCUGAUGGAACUCUAAAGUCGACCAAAUGGACGUCUGGGUGCCUGUACAACGAUACACAGGGAGUCUUCCAGAACAAUGCCAGCGAACAGCAAAGUGACGAAGCUGAUCGAAUCAUGAUGUUUUUGCUUAGUUCGGCUGGCGCCCUGCACGUUUACGCCCUGCCGGAUUUGUCCAAGCCUGUAUUUGUAGCAGAAGCUCUAACAUCUAUCCCUCCCUUCUUGUCCGCAGCCUUUGUAGCCAGGAAGGGCGCGAGCAAGGAAAGCGUCACCGAGAUUCUCGUGGCCGAUUUGGGCGACGCCAUCUCACAGACGCCAUACCUGAUUGUACGACAUGCCAGUGACGACUUGACAAUCUACGAACCUGUACGACAUCAAGCAGAGGGUGGCGCCGAGCUGUCGUGCUCGUUGCUUUUCAAAAAGUCUGUCAACACAUCACUCGCCAAGACGGCUCCAGAGGUAUCCGAGGAUGACGCAGAGCUACCACGAAUCGUACCGCUGAGGCGGUGUGCCAACGUGAAUGGCUACGGCGCCGUGUUUCUUCCGAAUGCGUCGCCAAGCUUUGUGUUGAAGAGUAGUAAGAGUGAGCCGCGGGUGAUAGGCCUGCAAGGCUUGGGGGUUCGAGGAAUGAGCACGUUCCACACCGAGGGCUGUGACCGAGGAUUCAUCUACGUCGACAUGGAUGGGAUCGCGCGAGUGACGCAGCUUCCGAGCAACACCAACGUCACCGAACUAGGGCUGUCGGUCAAGAAGAUAGCACUGCACAGUGACGUGGGCAUGAUCUCACAUCACCACCCCACGGGCACAUAUGUAGUGGCAUGCACGAGGAUGGAGCCGUUUGAGCUUCCCCGGGAUGACGAUCAUCACAAAGAGUGGGCGAAGGAGACGGCCAGCUUUCCACCAACCAUGGCGCGAGGCAUCCUGAAGCUCAUUAACGCGGUGACGUGGACGGUAAUCCAUGAGCUGGAGCUGGAGCCCUGCGAGUCGAUCGAGAGCAUGAAGACUCUUUGCCUGGAAGUGUCGGAAGAGACCAAGGAGAGGAAAAUGCUCGUGGCUGUCGGCACGGCACUUUCCAAAGGAGAAGACCUGCCAACCAGGGGGCGAGUACAGGUGUUUGACAUUGUGACUGUGAUUCCGGAACCCGGGAGGCCAGAGACAAACAAGCGGCUCAAGUUGAUUGCCAAGGAGGAGAUACCGCGAGGCGGGGUGACGGCGUUGUCGGAAGUCGGCGCGCAGGGGCUGAUGCUGGUUGCCCAAGGUCAAAAAUGCAUGGUGCGGGGGCUCAAGGAGGACGGAUCCCUUUUGCCCGUGGCGUUCCUGGACAUGAGCUGCCAUGUAUCCAGCUUGAAAGAACUGCCCGGGACGGGACUCUGCGUCAUGGCGGAUGCGUUCAAGGGUCUGUGGUUCGCAGGAUACACGGAGGAGCCCUACACAUUCAAGAUACUGGGCAAAAGCAGCGGCAAGCUGCCCCUCUUGGUGGCCGACUUCCUACCCGACGGCGAAGACUUGUCCAUCGUGGCCGUGGACGCCGAGGGAGACAUGCACAUGCUGGAAUUCAACCCAGAACACCCCAAGUCCCUGCAGGGCCAUUUGCUCCUCCACCGGACGUCGUUUGCCGUGACGCCAAACGCGCCCACGUCGAGCCUCCUGCUGCCGCGAACGCACUCGCCGUGGUGCGCCAACGCCUCACAGCCGUCACACGUCCUCCUCCUGGCCUGCCCCUCGGGGCAACUUGCAGCGCUCUCGCCGGUGGCCGAGUCCACGUACCGGCGGCUGCUGUCUGUCACGAACCAGCUACACCCUGCGGUCGUCCCCCACUGCGGGCUUCACACCAAGGCACACCGGUACCCGGACCAGCCAUCUGUGGGCGUGGGCGUCGAGACCGCAGCGUCGUCGGGCAGGGCUCUGGUCGACGGAACGGUGCUGGCCAGAUGGAGCGAGCUGGGGGCGGCAAAGAGGACAGACGUUGCGCUGAGGGGGGGCUACGACAGCGUCGCCGACUUACGGGACGAUUUGGAAGGCGUGCUCGGAUGGUCUGCACUGGCGUACUUGUAG